GAAAAUUGCGUGAUUGGAGGGAAAGCCCAUAGAAAACUAAAGAAAUAAGAACAAAACAUUUAAGAAAAAACAAAAAAAAAAAUCAAGAAGAAGAAUGGCCAUUAACGGUGACGAUAAGGUUUCAGGAGAAGAAACAGCUUCGUCGAACCGGCCGGUUAGAGUCUACGCCGAUGGAAUCUAUGAUUUGUUCCACUUCGGUCACGCUCGCGCCAUCGAACAAGCCAAGAAAUCGUUUCCGAACACGUAUCUGCUCGUAGGAUGUUGUAACGACGAGAUCACAAACAAGUUCAAAGGAAAAACCGUGAUGACAGAGUCCGAGCGCUAUGAAUCUCUCCGACAUUGCAAGUGGGUCGAUGAAGUGAUUCCAGAUGCACCAUGGGUUCUCACCACCGAGUUUCUCGAUAAGCAUCAGAUCGACUACGUAGCUCAUGAUGCUCUUCCCUAUGCGGAUGCUAGUGGAGCUGGAAACGAUGUUUAUGAUUUUGUAAAGUCGAUUGGGAAAUUUAAAGAAACUAAACGAACAGAGGGGAUAUCGACAUCUGAUAUAAUCAUGAGAAUUGUGAAAGAUUACAACCAGUAUGUGUUGCGUAACCUGGACCGAGGAUAUUCACGAGAAGAGCUCGGUGUCAGCUUCGUUAAGGAGAAGAGGCUUAGAGUUAACGUGAAACUGAAGAAACUACAAGAGAAAGUGAAAGAACAGCAAGAAAAGAUACAAACUGUAGCAAAAACUGCUGGGAUGCACCGCAACGAGUGGGUUGAGAAUGCUGAUCGUUGGGUUGCUGGAUUUCUUGAAAUGUUUGAGGAAGGUUGUCAUAAAAUGGGAACAGCCAUCAGAGAUGGGAUCCAGCAACGGCUACUGAGGCAGGAAUCAGAAGGUGCAGAAGAGGAUGAUGUGAACGAACAAAUUUCUGAUGAUGAUGAGGUUGCAAAAGGAGAUGAAAAAGCUAUCAUGAUGAGGAAAGUUUUUUAAAUGAUAAGGGCAACAAAGAGAAUGGGAUAGUGAUGAAAAAUGAGAGUUUUGGCUCAUCAUUCUCCAGAUGCAGAAGACCAAAGUGUAACAGAUUCCACAGUUAUGGACUAGAAUUGUUUAUUAUGUGCAAGUGAAUACACAUGAAAAUUCUACUUCCAAAUCUCUACUUGUUUCUAAGACUCAAAUGUCACCGAUGUAGAAUUUGUGAUCAACCACUCCAAAUGAUUACAUGGA